UUUAUGAAUUGGGGAUCUCCAAUUUUCCAUUCAACGCCAAAGGUCCAUCUCCUCUUCUCCUUCACGCUUCUUCAUCUUCCUCCUCCUUUCUCUGUCUGCAAUUCAGCCGUCAAAUCCACCCAAUGGCGGCCAUCGCCCGCCUCCUCAAACCCUCAUCACCAUCUUCCUCUAUAUCUUCUUUUUUGAAGAGAUCAGUUUCCACCACCACUGCCGUUGCUUCCGAAAUUGAAUCUCAACAUCACCAACGCCCUAAUUUAUCAGAUCCCAAGGGUUCUAGAAACUUCCAGUGGGUGUUUCUUGGCUGUCCCGGCGUCGGAAAGGGAACCUAUGCUAGUCGUCUAUCGACUCUUCUCGGUGUCCCUCAUAUCGCUACCGGUGAUCUCGUACGUGCAGAGUUAUCUUCCUCUGGACCUCUUUCUCGUCAGCUUGCUGAGAUAGUGAAUCAAGGAAAGCUAGUUUCAGAUGAAAUAAUAUUCAACCUGUUAUCAAAGAGACUAGAAGCUGGAGAAGCGAAAGGUGAAUCAGGAUUUAUUCUGGACGGUUUUCCGCGAACUAUAAGACAAGCAGAAAUUCUAGAUGAGGUGACAGAAAUUGAUUUGGUGGUCAAUCUCAAACUAAGGGAAGAUGUAUUGGUUGAGAAAUGUCUUGGCCGAAGGAUAUGCAGUCAAUGUGGAAAAGGUUUCAACGUGGCCUCCAUUAAUGCAAAGGCUGAGAAUGGAAGACCUGGAAUGAGCAUGGCUCCACUUCUUCCACCUUCACACUGUGCCUCCAAGCUCAUUACUCGUGCUGAUGACACUGAAGAAGUUGUCAAGGCGCGACUUCAUGUGUACCAAGAAACGAGUAAGCCGGUUGAGGAUUUCUACAGAGAUCAAGGGAAGCUAAUGGAGUUCGAUCUGCCUGGAGGGAUCCCGGAAUCAUGGCCAAAGUUGCUAGAAGCCCUUAACCUUGAUGACCAUGAGGACGAAAGGUCAGCCGUGGCGUAGUUUAGCCGCGAUUGCUCUAAAAUCGAUCAUUAUUUGCAUGCGUAAUCCGCAUGCUGGGCAAAUUUUGGAAGAAAAAGAAUAAUGAAACUACAGUUGGAUUUUGUUGGUAUGGUUUUGUUGUGAAAUAACCAAACAAACAUGAGGAAGCUGUCAAGGUAAUGAUGGCUGCUGUCUUUAAACAUUUGUUGUAACAUUAUUUAUGAGGAGAGUCAAGUAACCUCUCAGAGAGACUUCUAAAGAAAGAAAAGGGAUUUCUUUUGUAUUACAAAAUGUUAUUCUAUAUGAAGGGUAUAUUUUUAAGUA